AUGGUUGAAAAAAAAAUUAUCAACAUCUCGAUUAAAUUGUUUUGGGAUGACAAUUCAUCAGCAACAUUUAAUGGUCCUUUAGAAUUUACAAUUAUCUUAAACCAUAGUUGUACAACAAUCAAAAAUCUGGACAUACCAGGCACUGUUCUUUUAAACGAAAAAAGUUACCAAAGGAUAACAGAUGAACCUAUUCAUAGUGAUAUUCAUGAUUUGCUUAAUAAUGUUUCCUUGGAUGAG